CCCUGAUUUUUUUCAUCGUCCGUGACUAUGUGGACCGCUGCUCGUCUCUCCCUCAGACCCUCACGACAUCUGCUCUCCCACGCGUCCUGCUCACACAGGAUAUCACUCCCUCAGUUAUUUCUUCCUCUAAUAUCUCACGAGCUUGGCUCGCCUCGCCUCUCUGCUCUCUCCUUGUCCUCCUGUUGCCGUGCUGCAAAACUAUAGCACGCCGGAGCAAUGGACGGGCUCAACUACAGCAAGUUGCGCUCCUCGCUCCGGCCUCGGCUCCAAGCGUUCUCCGGCGUCCUCUUCUCCAGUUUGCGCUCCCUAGACGGGCUCCUGCACAUGGCGUCUGUCGCCGUCUUGCAGUUUGUCCACGAUCCGCACGAUGAUCCACCAGUGCUAGGCUGCGUACACUUGACUCUAGCUCGCGUAUAUGCCUUGGAUCGAGCUCGCUCUCUUUCUCUCGUCAAGGACCACUUCACAACCUUGGGAAAAGACCUCACCGUCAUUGGGUACUGCUGCGAUGAUGCUGAACCCCGUCGUCGACAACUCCAGUUCUACGUCGCCGAGUCCAUGUUUCGGGUAGCAGUAUGAGAUUGGCAUAGAGAGCUAGAUGGGUGUUGACACCUUUUUGGAGGGGCCAAUCAUUUCAAAAGAACCAGCGGCGGUGCUCUCUGGUCAGGCGCGGACGGUCCGCGGCACAGAGCCGGACGGUCCGCGACCUGGCGCGAGGCGGCGGUGCUCCCUGGUCAGACGCGGACGGUCCGCGGCACAGGGCCGGACGGUCCGCGACCUGGUGCAGGAGCUAGGAUCCCCUGCCUGACGGCCGGACGGUUCGCGCGUGCGUAGGGGCGGCGGAAGAUCACCGGCGGCUCCUGAAUCUCGCUCCCGGGAGGGACCCCGUUUGGGAGGAGAGAUCCUAGGAGUUGUCUAGGCUCGGGCAGACCGACCUAGACUCCUCUAAUCGACGUAGAGUCGAGGAGAGGCAGAGAAUUUGGGGAUUGGAAUACUAAACUAGGGCUAAACUAGAACUAGACUAGAACUACUUCUAAUUGUGCUGAAAAUAAAUGCGAGAUAGAAGUGGUAUUGAUUUGAUUUUGGGGGUUCAAUCGACCGUAGCCCUUCAUCUAUAUAAAGGGGGAGGUCUGGAUCCGCUUCAAACUGAUUUCCGAGUUA